AUGGCAGCGUCGUUAAAAGCGCCUCCGCGGCCUCUGCCAUCCAAGCGGUUUGGCAAGGAGAUGGAUAUCGUUGAACAGCCGCAGACAAAGAAGUUUUGCGCUGCUGGGUUGGCAUCUGCGAUGAAGCCGAAGGAUCUGGAGCUGUAUACUCGCCAGCCGCCCAGAAACAGGUCACUCUCGCCAACAGAUAUCUCUGACAAACAACCACAGCCGCAACAGCAGCAGCCACAACAAUUGCUGACGAAGCCACAGCCCCAACUUGUUGACAACCCACAGCAGCGGAAGCACGAACUGGAAAACAACGUGGACUACAUCGCCCUGUGCUCGGUACUGACUUUACUGAAAUCGCAGCGCAGACUUGUCCAGGAAGACAUACGCCGUUUGAACAGAACCCAGACACGUGCGUUGAAAGACCCCCAUGCGUUUGUGGAGAGUCUCAAGUCUCGCAAGGAGAAGCUCCCGGCACCCGCGAAGGUGCCUUCACUGCCGCCAAUCCAGUGGUCCAAAUACGGAUUCUCCAAGUCGGAGCUGAUCCAGAACCAGAUCAAAAAGGGUAUCUCUCAGUGCAAAUGCUCGAAGUCACAGCCGCAGUGCGAUGCCCCUGGUCCAGGUGACCACCUGAUGCGGAGCUACAGGUUGUUCGACAAGAGGUGA